AUGUCUUCAUCACAUUUUGCCAGUCGGUUCAGAAAGGAUUUAACUACUGAAAUGAUUAGGACUAAACUUGCUCAUAGGAAAUCACUGUCUCAGAAACAAAACAGACAUAAGGAAUAUGAACAAAAUAGACGCUUUGGUUUGAAAGAUGUCAACAUUCCGACCUUGGAAGGUAGAAUUCUUGUUGAAUUAGAUGAGACAUCUCAAGAGCUUGCUCUAGAAAAGGCCAAUAUCAAGCCAAGGUCAGUGAAAACUGUUCUGUGUGACCAACGAAAACAAAUGCUCCAAAAAUACAAAGAAGAAAAGCAACUACAAAAGUUGAAAGAGCAGAGAGAGAAAGCUAAACGAGGGGUGUUUAAAGUGGGUCUUUAUAGACCUGAUACGCCUGGUUUUCUUUCAUCAAACCAGAAUGCUAUGAAAGCUGGGCCACAAAAGACUAUCUCAUCUUCUGUACGGAUUACAAGGUCAAAGGCCAAAGACCUGAUGGAGCAGACUAAGACUUAUAAUGGGAGUGAUGUUCGAGCAGUACGACCUGGUCAAAGACAAACUUCUGAAAAGAAAGUGUUGGACAGAGAGGAAAAAGUUGUACAGCCUGUAGCACCCACGUCGGUGAGAAUGACUCGAUCAGCUUCUCAGGCAGCAAAGCAGGUUGCUGGAGCAGUCUCAUCCAGCACAGCAAGAAAGCCGUUCUCAAGAGCCACUGGUGGUAACAACUCUUUCUUGAUCAGUGUCUAUAAUAAAUGUUAUGUUGCUCAGGUUAGUCUUGAACUCCUAGGCUCAAGCAGUCUUCCUACCUUGGCCUCCCAGACUGCUAGGAUCACACCCAGCCUCAACCUAGUACUUUUAAUGCAGUGUUUCUGUUUAGUCACAAUGGUUAUCUCAUUUCCUUUUUAUUUAGAUAAUGAACUAGCAAGACAGGCACUAAAUAAAGGAAGACCCAUCCCCCAAACAGAAACAACACCUAAAAAGGAUAUUUCUCAUAAAGUUGAUCAUGAAGGAAAUAUGUUGGAUUCACAAACUAUUAAAAGUACUACAAAUGUAUUAGAUCCAGAUGGAGUCUCAUUAAAAAUGGAAAACUCACCCAAGACAAAUACUGUAAAAAUAAAAGGGAAGAAUUCCUUUGCGCCAAAGGAUUUUAUGUUUCAGCCCCUGGAAGGUCUGAAGACCUAUCAAGUCACACCCAUGACUCCGAGAAGUGCUGAUGCUUUCUUGACACCCAGUUACACCUGGACCCCUUGGAAAACAGAAGAUGAUAAGACUCAAGAAGCAACAAAAGACAUUUUGGCACUAAAAUGUAAAAUGUCGGCUACCGAGAUAGUACAGCAAGAUUCAAAUAAAUUACAACAUCCUUUGGGUUCUCUAACAGUUUGGAAUGAAGAACAGGUCUUAAAUUAUAACAAAGCUACUACUAAAAAAUCAAAUGGCCUUCCAAGAACAGAGGUCCCAUCACUUGAAAUGAAGGAAGGACAGAUAGCUCAACUGCAACAUGAUGUGCCAUAUUUCAGAAAUAUCCUCCAGUCAGAAACUGAGAAAUUAACAUCAAGUUGCCUUCAGUGGGAGAAGAAGCUGGAAUUGGACAUUCCAGAUGAUGCUAAAGAUCUUAUUCGCACAGCAGUUGGUCAAACAAGACUCCUUAUGAAGGAAAGGUUCAAACAAUUUGAAGGACUAGUGAAUGAUUGUGAAUACAAACGAGGUGAAAAGGAGACUACCUGCACAGAUCUGGACGGGUUCUGGGAUAUGAUUAGUUUCCAGAUAGAAGAUGUAAACCAAAAAUUCAACAAUUUGACCAGACUUGAAGAGUCUGGGUGGCAAAACAAUAGUAAUGCAAGCAAAAAAGUCUUCCGGAAAAAAGUCAUCUCAGGUUUAGUGAAUAAACCAAAACAAGAUGAUGGUGGAAGAAUUGCAGCUAGAAAUCGCUUGGCUGCCAUAAAAAGUGCAAUGAGGGAGAAGAUGAAGCAGGGAGAACAUGCGGAAGCUGCAGCCUCUGUGAUGCCAAAGGAGGUUGAUAAAAUCGUGUUUGAUGCUGGAUUUUUCAGGGUUGAAAGUCCCAUUAAAUCAUUUUCAGGACUUUCCAUUUCUUUUGAAUGUCCUUCUCAAAGACUUAGAACGCCCAAAUCUGUCAGCACAGCUGUGUCUCAGAGCAGGGGUGCGGUGAGCCUCCUAAGACAAACUGCAUCAUCGGAGAGUCCCAGUACCAAAAAUGAACACAAGGAUACGAAGACUUGGUUUGCAAAUAUUCCUGAAAGCGGGAUCAGCACAGGAGAAGAUGCUCAGUGUCCUGGAUCACAAGAUUUAAUCGAAAUGAAACCCAAUAUCGUCUCACAAGAAAAGAAAACUAAACUUCCUCAGUCAGUACUAUUUGAUAAUAACAGUCUCACUACUGAAUGCCACCUUGUUGAUUCAACAGGCUUGAACUGCAGCAAUCCAUUCACUCAGCCGGAGGGCAGACAUCGAGAACAUUCCCGACACGUUUCCCUUGGUGGUGACCUGAUUUCCUUUUCACCUCUAAGGCCUCCCUGUGGAGAACAACCAGAAGAAUUUUAAAUUUAAAAAUAAAUCCAGGCUUGGCGCUUAUAGCUCAGUGGCUAGGACGCCAGCCACACACACUGGAGCUGGUGGGUUGGAAUCCAGCCCGGGCCUGCCAAACAACAAUGACAACUACAACC